UGGGGUUUAUAGAUUCAUUCCUAUUUGGUUAACAUAAACCCUAAAACCCUUCCAUCCAUCAAUCUAAUCUAACUCUGAAUCCUGCAAUUGUGUUUUCCACUCCAAAUUUGUCCAAUGGCACGCUUGUUCCGUUCCCUCAGAAAAACCCUAACCCUAACAAACCAAAUUCACAUUCAACAACAACAACUAUGCAUUUCUCCUCUUCCUCACAUCAUCUCCCGAAGAACUUACAUCUCCGAAAUGCGCAAAGAAGCUUUCGAAGGACACAUUUCCAGACUCCUUCGUAGCGAAAUUCAGUACGAGCUUCAAUCCUCUCCUUCUUCCAAUCCGCCUACUAACAAGUUCGGUUCCUUUUUGGUGGAUGGACGACCUGGUGACCGAUGGAUUACAUUGAAAAGACAAUUUGCAGAUGAAAAUAUUAAAGUUGAAGUCACCAUGUUUGAUGGAGCUGUUCCUGCUCCGAAAGCAAGUGGCGGUGUGGCUAAUGCAGAUGAUGUGCAGCUACACAUUACCUUAAUUGUGAACAUCUCCAAGGGAGAUGGCAGUGUGCUGGAAAUCAUGUGCUCUGCUUGGCCCGACGCUAUAGUGAUAAAAAGGCUGUUCAUCCGUGCAAACAAAAAAAUGACAGCUGAGCCCUACGCUGGUCCUGACUUUGAGGAACUGGAUGAUGCGUUGCAGGAAAGCCUUUAUGAUUUCUUGGAAGCAAGGGGUAUAAAUGAUGACCUUGCAAAAUACUUGCAUCAGUACAUGAAACACAAGGAUAAAACAGAACUAAUAGGAUGGAUGGAGAAGGUUAAAUCUUUUAUUGAGAGGAAAUAAGUUCAUUGAAAUUUAAAUGUUCUAGAUGAUAUAAGCCAUAAGAUCAUAUCUCGUCUAUUUUGUCCCCAAAUUCUAUUUGAAAGAAGGUAAACACUUAUUAUUCCCUGCUGCUUUAGAUUUACAGUUGUUGGUGUUGGUAGAAAUUGUACAAGGUAAAUAGGAAAUGGCCAUAUUGUAUUUAUGCCUUUUUUUCGGAUUUCCUCUCCCAAAGAAAAAAGAGUAAAAACAUGUCAGACGACAUUUUUAA